CAAAGCCUGGCCGACACCUCCCUCCCCGUUCCCGUCUUCAAGUAGUACCCAAACCCUCCGACCCGCAAUCACAGUAGCGAACCGAGCCCGGCUGAACCGAACCUUCGAGAAGCUUCAGGAAGGCCGGCCGUGCCGUCCAUGGCGGCCGAAGGCGGCGGCGGCGGUGGUCAGGAGGCGUUCGAGGCGCGGGUGAAGCGGCUGUUCGGGUCGCGCCUCUUCGACGCCGUCCCGGGCUCCUCCUUUCCGGUGGCCUCCUGGUCCGUCGCCGCGGGCGACGUCGAGCGCCAGCGCUGGGCGAAACCCUCCGAGGCCCGCGACGAGGAGGAGAAGCGCGCCGGCGCUGCCGACCGCGCGGACACGCCCUGCGCCUCCGCGUUCUACGACGCCAACGGGUGCCUCCGUGGCCGGAGGCGCAGGCCCAGGCAGGACUUCGAGGGCGACCAGGAUGAUCUUGAGGAAGGCGACGAUGACGAGGACGAGCAGUGCGGGGAGGAUGAAGUGAGGCUGAAGCCGGCGGAGGAGAACGAGGAAGAGGGGGUUAGGGUUUCCAUCGGCCUCGACCCGACUCUGGAUCGCGAGGAAGAGGAGGACAAGUAUGAUAGAGAGGCCUUUGGUAGAGAGGAUGCUGCAGACCGUGUGUACAUGAAGGAUAUAAUGGAUGAUGGCAUAAGUAUGAGCAUCAACAGUACAGUCCCUGACCUUCUUGAUGAUUCAAUUGAAGAGGUGUACCGCAUCUCGAAGGAUCCUCGGGUGGAUAUCAGAGCAGCAUCCGCAAGACUCGUAGAAGACAAUGAUUCUGCUAAAGAUGGUGACUCUCACUAUCCCUCUCAAGCCAAGGAGUAUCCUGCUGUUGGAAUGCAGGCAAGGAAAGCUGAGGAGGACAUCAAUGUAAAGCCUAUAUUGAAGAGGAAGGAGGAGCAAGGCGAUUCAAAACCAAGGAAACGCGUCAGGUUCGAUGCUAGUGUUUGUCCAGAGUCAGAGAUUUUUGAACACAAUGAAGAUUCUCAUAUGGUUCCCCAAUCAAUGGAUGUAGUUGCAAAAAAGGAGAGCACAUCCACUCCUUCUGAAUCUCCUGUGAUUCCUGACUACGUUAGGAACCCUUCAAAGUACACACGGUACACCCUGGAUGCACCAGAGGGCAAUGAUGAAUCUAACAGGAGAGCUCUUGCAGACCUGCAUGGUCUGUUAGGGAGAUCAGAUCCCAACAAGAUGCAUCCUGAGGUGCCUGUUGAGAUUCCAAGUUCAGUCAUGUUCAUUCCUCGCAAGAAGUCUGUUGAUGCCAUGGCGGUGGAUGAUGAUCCAAAAACCAGUGAUUCAAACUCAUCUUUAAUUGGUAUGGUGGCAGGAGGCUCUGAUGAAACUGAUCAAUGCGAGAUGGAUGAAGAUGAGAAUAAAGCAUUGUCACCACUGCCGAUUCAUACAAACUCAAAGGCGAGCUCCCGUCGUUACAGGUCGAGUAGAACUGAUGACAAUGAGUGAAACUGAUGAUCCCAGAGGAGUCUCUUGUUGAUGUUUGUUUUAAGGAACUUACAAUUUUCAUAUUUCCUUAUAUAAAUCAGGAGAUAUGUAUGUACCUGUGCUAUUUUUAAGUAUGGUGUUAUCCAUUUUCUCUAUUGUUCUAUAGUUGCUUAUACUGGGAGGCACAAAGUAUGUCGAUGUUAGAAAAUUUAAUGUUGGCUAUGCUGAAACCAUCUUUUUGUUCCCUUUUGUGUCAAAAGUUGUAUUGUCAGAUAAUAUGAAUCCUUUUGUCA